GGGGAGGCAGGCUGGGGCGGGGCCUGAGCUUCCUGAGCUUCCUGCAUCAGCCCUGCAUAGGCAGACCAGUCCACCUGCCCUCACAAUUGUCCCAGUUCUUCCUGGCCACCACGGCCCCUCGGCCUCAUGGACUCCCUGUGUGGCUCCAAGUUCUGGGACUCCAACCUGUCCGUGUACACAGACAGCCCAGACCUCACUCCCUGCUUCCAGAACUCGCUGCUGGCCUGGGUCCCCUGCAUCUAUCUGUGGGUUGCCCUGCCCUUCGACCUGCUCUACCUGAGGCACCACCACAAUGGCUACAUCGUCCUCUCCCACCUGUCCAGGCUCAAGACGGCUGUGGGCGUCCUGCUGUGGUGCGUCUCAUGGGCAGACCUCUUCUACUCCUUCCACGGCAUGGUCCAUGGCAGACCCCCUGCCCCAGUCUUCUUUAUCACCCCCCUAGUGGUGGGAAUCACCAUGGUGCUGGCCACUCUGCUGAUCCAGUAUGAGCGGCUGCGUGGGGUACGGUCUUCUGGGGUCCUCAUCAUCUUCUGGUUCCUGUGUGUAAUCUGUGCCAUUGUCCCCUUCCGCUCUAAGAUCCUUUCUGCCAGGGCGGAGGGGACCAUCUCAGACCCCUUCCGCUUCACCACCUUCUACAUCUACUUUGCCCUGGUGCUGUCCGCCCUCAUCCUGUCCUGCUUCAGAGAGAAGUCGCCACUUUUCUCCCCGAAGAGUUCAGACCCUAACCCCUGCCCAGAGGCCAGUGCUGGCUUCCUGUCGCGCCUGUGUUUCUGGUGGUUCACAAGGCUGGCCAUCCUCGGCUACCGGCGUCCCCUGGAAGAAAAGGACCUCUGGUCCUUGAACGAGGACGACUGUUCCCACCGAGUGGUGCAGCAGAUGCUGGAGGCCUGGCAGAAGCAGGAAAGACAAACAGCAGGGUCCGAAGCUGCAGAAGCUCUUGGGAAGAAAGUCUGCGUGGAGGGCGAGGUGCUGCUGGGGGACCGACCCCAGGCCCAGCAGCCCUCCUUCCUGUGGGUCCUGCUGACCACCUUCAGCUCCAACCUACUCAUCAGCGCCUGCUUCAAGCUGAUCCAGGACCUGCUCAGCUUCGUCAACCCGCAGCUGCUCAGCAUGUUGAUCCAGUUCAUCUCCAACCCCGAGGCCCCCUCCUGGUGGGGCUUCCUGCUGGCUGGACUGAUGUUUGUCUGUGCCUUGGUACAGACCCUGAUCCUACACCAGUAUUACCACUGCAUCUUUGUGUCGGCCCUAAGGGUCCGCACGGGGGUCAUCGGCGUCAUCUACAGGAAGGCGCUGGUCAUCACCAACUCAGUCAAACGUGAGUCCACAGUGGGAGAAAUAGUCAACCUCAUGUCGGUGGAUGCUCAGCGAUUCAUGGAUGUCUUCCCCUUCCUCAACCUGCUGUGGGCAACUCCGCUGCAGGUCAUCCUGGCCAUCUACUUCCUCUGGCAGAUCCUGGGUCCCUCUGUCCUGGCUGGCGUGGGGCUCAUGGUCCUGCUGAUCCCACUCAAUGGCGCUGUGGCCAUGAAGAUGCACGCUUACCAGGUGAAACAGAUGAACUUGAAGGACUCACGCAUCAAGCUGAUGACAGAAAUCUUGGGAGGCAUCAAGGUGCUGAAGCUGUAUGCCUGGGAGCCCAGCUUCCUGCAGCAGGUGGAGGGCAUCCGGCAGGGUGAGCUCCAGCUGCUACGCAAGGGCACCUACCUCCAAGCCGUCUCCACCUUCAUCUGGGUCUGCACCCCCUUCCUGGUGACCCUGAUCACCCUCGGGGUGUACGUGUGUGUGGACCAGGACAACGUGCUGGACGCCGAGAAGGCCUUUGUGUCCUUGGCCUUGUUCAACAUCUUAAAGAAUCCCCUCAACAUGCUGCCAAGGUUAAUCAGUGGUCUGACCCAGGCCAACGUGUCUCUGAAACGGAUUCAGCAUUUCCUGAGCCAGGAUGAAAUUGACCCCCAGUGUGUGGAGAGAAAGACCAUCUCGCCAGGCUACACCAUCACCAUUCAUGGUGGCACCUUCACUUGGGCCCAGGACCUGCCCCCAACCCUGCACAGCCUCGAUAUCCAGAUCCGGAAAGGGGCUCUCGUGGCCGUAGUGGGGCCCGUGGGCUGUGGGAAGUCCUCGCUGAUCUCUGCUCUGCUGGGAGAGAUGGAGAAGCUGGAAGGCACAGUGUCUGUGAAGGGUUCUGUGGCCUACGUGCCCCAGCUGGCAUGGAUCCAGAACUGUACACUUCAGGAAAAUGUGCUGUUCGGCCAAGCCAUGAACCCUAAGCGCUACCAGCAGGCGCUGGAGGCCUGUGCCCUGUUAGCUGACCUGAAGAUGCUGCCUGGUGGAGACCAGACGGAGAUCGGAGAGAAGGGCAUUAACCUCUCUGGGGGCCAGCGGCAGCGGGUCAGUCUGGCCCGAGCCGUUUACAGCAACGCUGACAUUUUUUUGCUGGACGACCCACUGUCAGCCGUGGACUCCCACGUGGCGAAACACAUCUUCGACCACGUGAUUGGGCCAGAAGGCGUGCUGGCGGGCAAGACCCGGGUGUUGGUGACACAUGGCAUCAGCUUCCUGCCCCAGACGGACUUCAUCAUAGUGAUGGCCGAUGGGCAGGUGUCUGAAAUGGGCCCCUACUCAGAGCUGAUGCAGCGCGAUGGCAGCUUUGCCAACUUCCUCCGCAACUACACAUUUGAUGAGGGCCCGGUGGAGGAGCAGCAGGUGCUCCACAGGAUGGCCUUGGAAAAUGGCGAUGAGGAGGUGCUGCUGAUUGAGGACACACUUAGCACCCACACAGACGUGACGGACACUGAGCCGGCCCUGUUCCAGGUCCAGAAGCAGCUCAUGAGGCAGCUGAGCACCAUGUCUUCUGACGGGGAGGGCCAGGCUCGGCCUGUGCUUCGGAGACACCAGAGUGCAUCAGAGGCCGAGCAGGUGGCAAAGGCGAAGGAGACCGGAACACUCAUCCAGGAGGAGAAGGCAGAGACGGGCACGGUGAAGCUGAGUGUGUUCUGGGAUUAUGCCAAGGCUGUGGGGCUCUGGACCACGCUGGCUAUCUGUGUCCUGUACACCGGCCAAAGUGCAGCCUCCAUCGGGGCCAAUGUGUGGCUCAGCGAAUGGACCAACGAGGCCACCAUGGACAGCAGGCAGAACAACACUUCCCUGAGGCUGGGCGUCUAUGCUGCCCUGGGGAUUCUGCAAGGGGUCCUGGUGAUGCUCUCGGCUUUCACCAUGGCAAUGGGAGGCGUUCAGGCUGCGUGCCUGCUGCACCACAGGCUGCUGCAGAACAAGAUGCAGUCCCCGCAGUCCUUCUACGACACCACGCCCUCUGGCCGCAUCCUCAACCGCUUCUCCAGGGACAUCUAUGUCAUUGAUGAACUUCUGGCCCCGACCAUCCUCAUGCUGUUCAAUUCAUUGUACACCUCCCUCUCCAUCCUGGUGAUCAUCGUGGCCAGCACACCGCUCUUCCUGGUGGUCAUCGUGCCUCUCGCUGUGUUCUAUGGCUUUGUGCAGCGUUUCUAUGUGGCCACAUCCCGGCAGCUCAAGCGACUGGAGUCCAUCAGCCGCUCACCCAUCUACUCCCACUUUUCGGAGACGGUGACUGGCACCAGCGUCAUCCGGGCAUAUGGCCGUACCGAGGACUUCAAGGUCCUCAGUGACAUUAAGGUGGAUACCAACCAGAAGAGCUGCUACUCCUCCAUCGCCUCCAACCGGUGGCUGGGCGUCCAUGUAGAGUUUGUGGGGAACUGCGUGGUGCUCUUCGCUGCCCUGUUUGCGGUGAUUGGGAGGAACAGCCUGAGUCCGGGGCUCGUGGGCCUUUCUGUAUCCUAUGCCCUACAGGUGACAGUGGCUCUGAACUGGAUGAUACGAAUGAUGUCAGAUUUGGAGUCUAAUAUUGUGGCUGUGGAGAGAGUCAAGGAGUAUUCAAAGACAGAGACCGAGGCCCCCUGGGUAGUGGAGGGCAGCCGACCCCCAGAAGGCUGGCCCCUGCAUGGGGAGGUGGAGUUCCGGAACUACUCUGUGCGAUACCGGCCGGGCCUGGAGCUGGUGCUGAGGAACCUGAGUCUUUGUGUGCACGGCGGUGAGAAGGUGGGCAUCGUGGGCCGCACCGGAGCUGGCAAAUCAUCCAUGACCCUCUGCCUAUUCCGGAUCCUGGAGGCAGCAGAGGGUGAAAUCUUCAUUGAUGGCCUCAACGUGGCAAACAUUGGCCUCCACGACCUGCGUUCUCAGCUGACCAUCAUCCCCCAGGACCCCAUCCUGUUCUCAGGAACCCUGCGCAUGAACCUGGACCCCUUCGGCCGGUACUCGGAGGAGGACAUCUGGCAGGCCCUGGAGCUGUCCCACCUGCACGCCUUUGUAAAGUCCCAGCCUGCGGGCCUGGACUUCCAGUGUUCUGAGGGUGGGGAGAAUCUCAGCGUGGGCCAGAGGCAGCUGGUGUGCCUGGCCCGAGCCCUUCUCCGCAAGAGCCGCAUCCUGGUUCUGGAUGAAGCCACGGCUGCCAUUGAUCUGGAGACCGACGACCUCAUCCAGGCCACCAUCCGCACCCAGUUCGAGGCCUGCACAGUGCUGACCAUCGCCCACCGGCUCAACACCAUCAUGGACUACACCCGGGUCCUGGUCCUGGACAGAGGCGUAGUAGCCGAAUUCGAUUCUCCAGCCAACCUCAUCGCAGCUAGAGGCAUCUUCUACGGGAUGGCCAGGGAUGCAGGACUUGCCUGAAUACAUUCCCGGGGUUUCCUACAGUGAAACAACAUCACGUGUUCACAGAAUGGGCUUGACAGCAGGGGGGGGGCACGUUUUCCAUGAGACUGUGUCUCUGGAUGGAGCCUCACUCAGUAAGCGAGGGAGACACGGCCAAGAGGAGGAUGGCCCACAGCCUCAGCCCGGGAACGCCAGCCAGGCCAGGCCCUGGGGCUCCUCAUUCCCAAUCUAGGGUUGUUUCCACACUGCACUGUUUUUGAACAACCAUUCCAUGGGGCGCUCUCUCUUACCUCUAAUUCUACUUAUUUUCUAAAGUAUUUUGUAAUAAAGAUUUUCCCUCCUGGAAUGGAAGACUGCCAGGUUGGGCCGUCCUGGUAACCAA